ACCCUUCGCUCGGUGACGUCACUUGGGCCUGGGAGAGUACGGGGAGGAGUAGAGAAGCGUGCAGCGGACUUGACGAGAAAAGCAGCGUGGAGUGUGCACGGAAAGCCGGGGGAACUGUACCAACAUGCAACCAGCAUCUGCGAAGUGGUACGAUAGGAGGGAUUAUGUUUUUGUGGAGUUCUGUGUUGAGGACAGCAAAGAAGUAAAAUUAGACUUUGAGAAAAAUAAAUUUACUUUCAGCUGUCUGGGAGGAGCUGAUAAUGUUAAACAUUUAAAUGAGGUUGAACUUUAUCAGUCUAUUGAACCAAAUGAGUCCAAACAUAAAAGAACAGACAGAUCUGUCCUAUGUUGUUUACGAAAAGGAGAAUCUGGCCAGUCGUGGCCUAGGUUGACAAAGGAGAAAGCAAAGCUCAAUUGGCUUUGUGUGGAUUUUAACAAUUGGAAAGAUUGGGAAGAUGACUCCGAUGAAGAUCUGUCAAAUUUUGACCGCUUUUCAGAGAUGAUGAACACCAUGGGAGGAGAUGAAGAUGUAGACUUACCAGAAGUAGAUGGUGCAGAUGAUGAUUCACCAGACAGUGAUGAUGAAAAAAUGCCCGACCUCGAAUAAAGACAUCCUGUGCUUUUGGGAAAGGGGUGGGAGAAUGGGAGGAAAGAAUAUUUCAAAACACUCUGCAACAGUUGCCGAUCCCAAGUUGUAAAUACAGUUACUGAGUACUUCCAGUCAGCCUUGUUUGUCUAUCACCAAAUGGCGCUUAUCAGGGUUAGAGAUUAUGAUUGUACAGGACAUCCUUCAAUCUUUUCCUGCUACAGAGCUGCUAUGUAAAAUCAUCUUAACCACCGUGCAUGUGUUUGUAAGUGUUCUAGGACUUGAGCAUCUUUUUUGAAAUAUGUUUUUAACAUUGAAAUUGUUUUGCACAGCAAUUUGAAUAUUCUAUGACAUUACAAAAAAGAACAAACGCAACAUGCUUUUAGGUACCAAGGAACCUUCUUCUGAAACUUGUAACUUUUGGGAACAUGGUGAGUCCCAGUUCCCUUCCAUUUUGUCAUUUUGUUGGUUGAAAAAAAGCUGUGCUUUUGACUAGAUGUGAUGAAAGCUUUACCAGAAUUGACAAACUGGAAGAAAGUGAACUAGUAAAUCUAAAAACUAUUGUGCCAGAACAUUUAGCCACUCUAUUAAAAAACAAACCUUAUUGGCUAUUUGGAAGGAUAUUACCUUUUUGACGUGCUCAGUAAUGGCAUAGCGUACUUUAAUUUUCAUGAGAAAACGGAUUAUAUAAAAAAUUGCUCAUUCUGAUUAGAUUUAAUUGGUUUCAGAAAGCUAGUUGGUCAGUAUUGGGAGCUUUCCAUAUCCAGCAUUGUAACACGCCGCACUACAUCAAUUGAAUACAUAAUAUGCUGCUUUGACUGACAAUGGGCAUAAUACAGUAGAUGCCCUAAAUAUGUAUAAAGUCUUAUGGUUAAAUUGAAUUAUGUUCCUCCAAGGUUAGUGAUCAAUAAACCACCCAUAUAACCUGUGAGUCCUGUACAAUUGAACCAACCCUUUCCAUCUCUACAUUGGAAGAGUGUAGACAGCUGUACAUUGUUUCUCUCAUCAGUCUGUACAUUUAGACCAAAUUGUAUUUGCACUGUCACAGUAUAUAUUAAAAAGGAAAGAGUAACAAUGUUUAUUCACUAUUCUGUUUUUGUUUUAUUUCUUUUUGAUCAGCUGAAAAAGCCUACAUUGUAUUGAAGGGGAUUUUUUUUAAUUGUUUGCGUUAUUUCUAAUAAACUAUUAAUAGACAUA